UUAGGAAAUCGUCUCCGCAUUCUCAAAAUAUUUUGUUUUAAAAAGAAAUUGAGAAUUAGAAAGUAAAAAAAAAUCAUAAAAUAUCAAAGACAACCACAGCAGAAUCACGAAUAAGUAAUGGCUGACGCUAAAGAAGACAGUAAUAGUUCGGUUGAGAUGGAAAAAGCAGACGAAAGUCCAGUAGAAGACGUGAAGGAGGUAGUUAUUGUGGACAGAAACGCGAUUGACAUCGAUUUCAAUCAGAGCAGAAUAGCAAAGUUAGAAAAUUUAGAAAAUCUUCCUAACGUCGAAACUUUGUGUUUUCGUCAAAAUCUUAUAAAGAAAAUUGAAGGUCUGGCUUCUCUGACAACCCUUACAGAAUUGGAUCUCUAUGACAAUCAACUAGAACAUAUCGAAAAUCUCGAAACUUUAGUGAAUUUAGAAGUUUUGGAUUUAUCAUUCAACAGAAUUAAAGUUAUUCAAGGUAUUGAAUCAUUGACAAAAAUAAAAAAACUCUACUUAGUCAACAAUAAAAUCGAAAAAAUUGAAGGAAUCGGCAGUCAGACUGAAUUGGAAAUGCUGGAAUUAGGUGCCAACCGAAUAAGAGUUAUAGAAAAUUUGGAUCAUUUGACAAAGUUGCGUAGUUUGUUUAUAGGGAAAAAUAAGAUCACUAAGUUGGAAGGUUUGGAUAAAUUAGUCCAUUUGCAGUGUUUGAGUAUACAGAGCAACCGAAUAUUAAAACUGGAAGGUCUGGAUAAUUUAGUUCAUCUUGACGAACUGUACAUUAGUCACAAUGGAAUAGAAGUUAUAGAAGGACUCGAUGGAAAUACGCAGUUAACAACACUAGAUUUAGCAAACAACAGGAUAAAAAAAAUAGAAAAUAUCUCGCAGCUAACAGAAUUGGCAGAAUUCUGGUUUAAUGACAACCAAGUUGAUUCGUGGAAUGAAAUUGACCAUCUUCAAGCAUUACCAAAUCUGGAGACAGUUUACAUGGAACGAAAUCCAAUCUGGUAUGGGGAGGAUGGUAAAAUCUGUCCAGAUUACAGGAGAAAAAUAAUUCUUGCUUUACCAAAGCUGAAGCAAUUAGAUGCCACACUUCUUAGAUAAACUUACCGGUUCAUUAAAUUAGUUAAACUUGUUAUUACCACAACAUAGUGAAUAUUUUAUGCAUAUAAUCAAAAUGCAAUCAAGCCACAUUAUCUAUCAAUCAUCAUCAGUUUAAUUAACAUCAUUCUGUUCCAUGGUAAUUUUUGGUUCAUUACUCAACCUUAUCCUGGUUCUAAAGACAUUUCUUUGUUAGGUGCAUUCAGUUGUGCACAGAUUGUGAUUGGUCAACACUAUGUCAACUUACCAAUCAAAUUCGGUUAUUUGGAUGUCCAAGAACAUGCUUUUCGUUAACAUGGCUUUAAUAUAUAGAUGCUAAUGAAGUGCACAAUGGAACAAGAAUAACAUCUGAUAGAUUUCAUCUGUCGUAGGAUAUCACUGCUUCAUUCAUUCAUUUAUAAACAAUUUGGUUUUUACUUUGAAAUGUUUCACUUAUGGAGUUUCUGUCAAUAGGACUAUGUUAUAUAAUAUAUUGUGAUCUUUAGUGAGGCUAGGAUAUUCAACAAUAUAACUUCAACACCGUUCUAAUCUAUGCUUGAAGAAAAUGGCGAGAGGUGAUGAUUCAUAUCAUUUUAUCAUUAAAAUUAAAUAGGCCUACUAAUGCAUUGAAAAGUAAUAAAAUUAAAUCAUUAAAACUUUAGGAUAGUUCAUAAGGAUUGGUUUUCAUUAGACUAUAGUAGAGUACCAGGCGGUAUACCAAUGCAUGGUUAUGGGAAAAAUCCCAUUAAGUUUCAAAAUUCUGGAUCGCAAGUUUCGAACAUAUUUUGUUGUUUCAUAUUUCCAGUCCUACAUGUAGUGUACCUUUGAAAGCUUGUGAACCAAUCUCCAUGCAAGUCUCACUCGCUAUGUGAACUGCACAGGAAUACAACUCUACUUGGGAGAAUGCUUGUGAACACAAUAUAACACAAAGUUAUCAGCAGAUCAGAAAGAACCCUAUCAGAAUUUGGAAUUUUUAUCCUAUGAUACACAAAGUUCAGGUUCUCAAAGAUUGUUUUUAAACUGUGAGGUUGCUGAUUGUUCAUAAAAUCAUUGUGGUAAAAGAUCAAUGCAAAAUUUUCAGAUUUUAGUGGCUGGUGGACAUAAAUUAUACAGUAAAUUGAGCCAAAGGGCACUUAUCCCAGUUUACUUUUGCAAUGAAAUAGAUGUCAAUAUUAAUUUUAUGUAUAGUGUAAUCCUUUAGCAGCAUUUGGUGAUUGAAAACAUAACAAAACUACAUGGUUAUACACAAGCAUGCACCGUUGCUGUCCCAUAUAACUUUACUGUGUAGUUUUGAUAUGUAUAGUGUAGUUGGGAAUUGCAAUGAGUUAUUAGUAAUCACAUGCAGUUGACAAUGUUUAUUUGUUGUAGUUGUAGUUAUAAGUUUUUGAAGUGAUGAUCUUAAUGUCUUCCACUGUUUUUGUCCUGUGAAAACUAGUGCACAGAAUUUGUUCAAAAUGUCCAUUUUCUUCUUAGGUUCAAUUGAAUAAUACAUAAUGCCACCAAACUUUUUAAAAAUUUCAUCCAAAAGAUUUUCCUUUUUGGGGGAGGGGGGCUUGGAUGGCCGCAUGUUAGCAUGUGCGCAUUGUGUCAUAAGGUACAUGUAUGUCAUUGAGAACUGGCGUGGUUUCGAUUAUUCGGUUGCACGUGACAAGGAGUAGGGUCGUCUGUCCAACCUCGUGGGUCCUCCGGUUUCCUCCUAUGCGCAAGCGAAUUAUUGGAUUAAAAUUAAACCAUGUUAUUCCCGAAAUGACCUGGUUUAUGUCAAAUGGACCUUAAACCCCAUUUCUCUCUCUUUCUUCCUUUUUUGGCAUUCUCAAGCAAUAAAAUUAAAAAUUAAAAUGGAUUUUAUGAUUUAUGGAGUUAUUUCCCCUUACACAUUCAUAUGAAUUUACUUUAGCGAAUAAUUAAUACCUUAUUAAAUAUUUAUUAAAAAUUGUUUGUAAUUGGAAUUUAAAGAUGCAAUAAAAGUUUAAUCUGACUCUCAAUACAUGUAUUUAAAUCUUCUAGUCGAAAAUUGCGACUUUAAAUUAAUGCUGUAUCACUACCAACAUCGUCAAUUGCAUUUGUCGGGCAGUAACUCAUUUUUUAAAGCCUAAUCCUUGCUGAAAUUUACUCAAAUUGGAAACUAAGAUUAAAAUAUGGAUGAUAGAUAAAUUUUUGACUUGGAUUCAAUAAGAUUUAAAAAGAGGCCUGAUUUGGAUUCAAUAAGAUUUAAAAAUAGGCCUGUGAAAGCUUGUGUGGACCAUAUCUUAUACAUUGUCUGUACUUGUACGAUUGAGCCAUUUUUGGCCUGAUAUUCUAUUUAUAGAUUCAACUUUCACAAUAUUGUAUUUUUCUCGGGUUUAAAAAUCCCUCAAUUGGAUUAAAACACAGAUCCUAUUUCGUUACGUUUUCUAUAGUUCAAAAUUUCGUUUUACUUGUCUUCACUACACUAGGAUCUGGAGGAAUUGUUAUAUAACCUGUGUUCUGAUUGAUGUGAGGGAUUGGCCAAUGAAGUUCGUUCUAUGAGUGGGUAUCCCACUAGAAACAUCAACGCUGAUGGGUUAAUCAAAUAUCUGACAUCAUAGGGCCAAAAGCCACUCGUAUGACCCCGACACAACCUCCCACUACAACCAGUCAGAACCUCAUGUAGUGGAGGUUGUCGAACGUAUAAAAAAAAACGAAACGAAAUAUGGAUCUCUAUUUUAAUCAGAUUGAAAAAUUGCUCUAAUUACAAUCUGAGAAUUGAAUGUAUUUAGCGUGUAUAUCAUUUUACAUACAAACACUUUGUUGAAUAAUUACAAUUAAAUAACUGCUUAAUUCAAAUGGCUUGUGUUUAUAUUACCAGCAGUGGAUGGCAAUUUUGACACAUUGCAGAUCAUCAUAUCUUUGAAUGGAAGCAUAAUUGGACUGAUAAGUGAUAUUCCAUUUGUAGAUUCAAUUUUUACAAUAUUGAAGUUUGCACCAGAUUUAAAAUCCCUCAAAUGAGGAUCAGAGAUUUUAAUAAUUUCACUUGAGUUCCUAUAAUAUAAAUUGAAAUAUGGCGUUCCAUAAUUAAUUACCCAUUCAUACAAUUGUGCUUUAGAAUUCUAACCUUUAACUUUUCAUCCCAUCUGUAUGGCUGGGUACUUUUCUUGCCAGGCCCUCUGUCCUACACAACUGACAUGGGGGGGGGGGAACCACACAGGAAAAUCCAAGGUAAUGUUUUUGACCAACACUGGGAUCGAACUGGUUCGUGAGCCAGUGUCUUGCUCAUUGCCCAAUGAUACUUUUUUUAAUUGAGUCUAGAAGUCUUGUAAAAUCCAGGUUCGAUUUCGUACUAGAUAUUAAUUAAUUUUAAUUGUUGUUAUCUUUUUUGUGUAUUUCUACAGUUAAAUUUAAAUGAAAUAAUUUUCAUAACACACAUGUAUAGAUGUUAACAAAUAUAGUUAAUGUAGAAUAAAAUAUUUCUAACAGA